AUGUCUUUACUGCUUGUCAACCUAGUGGAUGGUGAACAACUAGAGAAUUUCGUGGUGAAUGAAAAGCUGUGGUAUAUAGUACAAAAAGUGUCAGAUACUUACUACCCUAUUACUAGAAUAUGGACAACCACUCAGGCUGUUAUUAGUAUUCGACAUCCCAAUGAUUUAGAGAUUUUAUUUCCGAGUCACAAGGUUAUCGAGAAAGGUUGGAUAUACAAAUAUCUUCAUCCUUGGUUAAAAACAGGGCUGUUAACAAGUGGAGGUGAAAAAUGGCGACAACGACGGAAAAUUUUAACACCGGCAUUUCAUUUUAAUAUUUUGAAAAAAUACAUGGAUAUUACCGAAGAACAAGGUGAAAGUCUCAUUAGGUAUCUACAAACAGACGGAAAAGAAUCAGUGCAAUCUCUUGUGCCAUUUUGUUCAAGAUUUACUUUGAAUAUUAUUUGUGAGGCCGCACUGGGUGUUGCUUUAGAUAAGUUGGAUCCUAAAAUUAUGGAAGAUUAUAAAAAGGCUAUUUAUAAGCUGGGCAGCAUAGCAGUGUACAGAAUACCACGACCCUACAUACAUGACUGGAUGUUAAAAUUAUUUCCUUUUUUGAGAAUCAGCCGUGAACAAAGACAAGCACUAGGUGUUCUUCACAAUUUUACAGAUAAGAUUGUUCAAGAGCGACGAGAGUACCACAACCGUACUGGUGGCAAAUAUUUAGAAGAACUCAAUGACGAAGAUGACGAAACAGUUAGUGACAUAUACAUGCGUGGCAAAAAAAGGUUAGCAAUGCUUGAUCUUUUAUUACUAUCAGAGCGAAAUGGUUUAAUUGAUGAUGCAGGAAUCAAAGAAGAAGUUGACACUUUUACAUUUGAAGGCCAUGACACCACAGCAAUGGCAAUGAUGUUUAUUUUAAUGUUGAUGGCUGAAAAUCAAGAAUGUCAGAUAGCUUUUAAAGAUAUUCUUACUCCAAAAACAGUAGAUGAAAAUGACGAAGAUUGUGCUGGGAACAGAGUUUUAAGCGUAUCAAAGUGUAAAGUUACAAAGAUGACUAAUAUCUUGUUACUGAUCCUGUUUGGAGUGCUUCUAUUCCAUUGCUUUGUUCGAUUUGGUAGAAGAGGAAGGAUAGCCAAGAAAAUUCAUGGACCUUUUUCUUUUCCAAUAAUUGGGAAUAUGCUAUCCUUUGAUAUUUCCUCACCAAAAAAGCUGUGGUAUAUAGUACAAAAAGUGUCAGAUACUUACUACCCUAUUACUAGAAUAUGGACAACCACUCAGGCUGUUAUUAGUAUUCGACAUCCCAAUGAUUUAGAGAUUUUAUUUCCGAGUCACAAGGUUAUCGAGAAAGGUUGGAUAUACAAAUAUCUUCAUCCUUGGUUAAAAACAGGGCUGUUAACAAGUGGAGGUGAAAAAUGGCGACAACGACGGAAAAUUUUAACACCGGCAUUUCAUUUUAAUAUUUUGAAAAAAUACAUGGAUAUUACCGAAGAACAAGGUGAAAGUCUCAUUAGGUAUCUACAAACAGACGGAAAAGAAUCAGUGCAAUCUCUUGUGCCAUUUUGUUCAAGAUUUACUUUGAAUAUUAUUUGUGAGGCCGCACUGGGUGUUGCUUUAGAUAAGUUGGAUCCUAAAAUUAUGGAAGAUUAUAAAAAGGCUAUUUAUAAGCUGGGCAGCAUAGCAGUGUACAGAAUACCACGACCCUACAUACAUGACUGGAUGUUAAAAUUAUUUCCUUUUUUGAGAAUCAGCCGUGAACAAAGACAAGCACUAGGUGUUCUUCACAAUUUUACAGAUAAGAUUGUUCAAGAGCGACGAGAGUACCACAACCGUACUGGUGGCAAAUAUUUAGAAGAACUCAAUGACGAAGAUGACGAAACAGUUAGUGACAUAUACAUGCGUGGCAAAAAAAGGUUAGCAAUGCUUGAUCUUUUAUUACUAUCAGAGCGAAAUGGUUUAAUUGAUGAUGCAGGAAUCAAAGAAGAAGUUGACACUUUUACAUUUGAAGGCCAUGACACCACAGCAAUGGCAAUGAUGUUUAUUUUAAUGUUGAUGGCUGAAAAUCAAGAAUGUCAGGAUAAAGCUAGAAUGGAGGUAUCCGAAGUCGCGGAUAGAAACGGUGGACGACUAGGUUUCAAUCAAAUUCAAGAACUACACUACCUUGAACGCUGCAUCAAGGAAUCCUUGCGAUUGUACCCACCAGUAGCGAUAAUAUUUCGUUAUUUUUCUGAAGACUUGCAACUGAAACACGCUCUCGUACCCGAAGACUCGCACGCUAUGAUUCUCAUAUACGGUGCCCACAUGGAUUCAAAUUUCUGGAAAGAUCCAAACAAAUUCGAUCCCGACAGAUUUCUUGUCGAAAACAUGCAGAACCGCCACGCUUUCAGCUACGUGCCAUUCAGCGCGGGACCUCGCAACUGCAUAGGCCAACGAUUCGCCAUGAACGAGCUGAAAUCCUUGAUAGGAAGAAUCUUGUACAAUUUUCGCUUGGAACCAGUCACCAAAUUGGCAGACAUGCAACUGACAGCCGACUUGAUACUUCGGCCGGCUGAGCCUGUUUACGUAAAGUUCAUACAAAUAGAGAAAAAAAAAUAA